AUGGCGAUGCUGUACGGAAUCAUGUUUGUGACACUUCGUAGACCUCACGUUGGCAGUGUCAAUGAAACACAACAAAGGCAAUUAAGGAAACGGAAAAAAUUAUCUCUGAUCAUUGGAAUUAUAGUGCUGAUGUUUUUUACUUGCUGGACGCCGUGGAAUGUUUUGGAAUUUAUUCGAGUAAUGGAUUUAAUGUUUGGGGAUCCAACUCGACUUGCAACAGCCUUUAAUUAUUCCUUGUUGGCUGUGGUAUUAAACACUGCUGUUAAUCCAAUCUUAUUGAAUUUUAUGUCUUCAGAAUUUCGCGACGGUUUCAAAGGACUGUUUCGUCCUUGUUCUUGCCAAAAUUCAGGAACAGUCGGUGCUAACACUGCUGGCAGUGCUGCUACUGUUGGUAAUCCAGAAAUAGAGCUGGCCAGAUCCAGCCCAAGUGCACAACUGAAUAGGAUUGUUGUCGAAAAUACGAGUUAUUCAUGA